CACACUCACACUCGCCUUGGUGCAGUGAGUAGAAGCUCAGAGCGGUCCACUGCCUCUCGCCUCUCUGCUCGGGGCUUCACGUCCACCUGGGGAGGGCCAGUCCGAAUGCUGGUUUAAUUUUACAGUGUAGUCACUGCUCCAACGCUUAAGCGAAAGAGAGGAAUGGCCUUUCCUGACAUGGCAAAGGAUGACCUUAAUGAACUGGUGUGUGAGGAGGCAGAAGACGUCUUUGAUGAUGACGGAGUGUCCUCCCGCUUCCCGGACAUCAUGGCUGCUGGCACUCACUCUCCUGGAGGGCCCAAUGGCAUCAUCAGGAGCCAGUCGUUCGCUGGCUUCAGCACCCUGCAGGAGAGACGCUCACGGUGUAACUCCUUCAUGGGGAACUCCGCAGUGCAGAAGAAGCCCACGUCGAAGCCCAGGAAGCCCCAUCUGUCUGGGCACAAGUCGAGCAGCAGCAGCUCACGAGAGCCACAGCCCAAAAGAGUGGAAGAAGUUUACGGAGCCCUCAAACAAGGCCUGGAUGAAUAUCUAGAGGUGCACCAAACAGAGCUGGAUAAACUCACUUCCCUCAUGAAAGACAUGAAGAGGAACUCCAGACUGGGUGUGCUGUAUGAUCUGGACAAGCAAAUGAAGACCAUAGAGCGUUACAUGCGACGACUGGAGUUCCACAUCAGCAAGGUCGAUGAGCUGUACGAGGGCUUUUGUAUUCAGAGAAGGUUGCGUGACGGCGCCAGUAAGAUGAAACAGGCCUUCACUGCUUCACCCUCCACUAAAGGCACACGUGAGAGCCUGGCGGAGGUCAACCGCAGAUACAAAGAGUAUACAGAGAACAUGAACUCUUUUGAGACUGAACUGGAGAACCUGUUGGGGGAGUUUCAUAUCAAAAUGAAAGGAUUGGCUGGUUUUGCCAGGCUUUGUCCCGGGGAUCAGUACGAGAUUUUCAUGAGAUAUGGCCGACAGCGGUGGAAACUGAAGGGGAAGAUCGAAACUAACUCCAAGCAGAGUUGGGACGGAGAGGAGAUGAUCUUCAUGCCCCUCAUUACAGACCUCAUCAACAUCAAGGUGACCGAGUUAAAGGGGUUGGCCACUCACAUCUUAGUGGGUAGUGUGAUCUGUGAAACCAAGGACCUGUUCACCGCUAUGCCUCAGGUGGUAGCUGUAGACGUCAACGACCUGGGAACCAUUAAACUUAACCUGGAGGUCGCCUGGUUUCCGUUUGACGUGGAGGAUCUGACACUGUCGUCAGGAAACGUGAGUAAAGCCACCGCCCUUCAGAGACGUGUUUCAGUGUACAGCCAAGGCACACCUGAGACGCCCACUUUCCAGGACACCUCUUUCUUUUCCACUUUACCAGAUGAUGUCUUCGAGAACGGAGGCUGCGGUGUGGCCGAAUGCAAGCGUCUGUCCUUCACCUUCUCUGACACGCCCACCUCAAGCCCCGCCCCCAUCCAGUCAAACCCCGAGAUCACCGUCACGCCCCCUGAGACGGACCCUCCCUCUGAACCAGCUCCAGCCUCUGAGGAGCUGCUGGUUGAGGAGGAGUGUGUGGAGGAAGACUGCGGAAGUGUCAGUGCCAGCGAUACAGACCUGGAGUGGGACCAGGCUGAGGCCCAGGGGCACGGCACAGGCUCGGCGGCCCUCUCGUUGUGCUCCGAGAGUCAGCUGUCUUCGGUGGGACCUGAUGAUGUGGUGUUCUUGGAGCCCAACGUGUCUGACGAAGCCCUGGAGCUGAAGCCGGUGGAGCUGGACGGGGAGGAAGGCAGUCUGACCAGGCAGCUGGUGAGGAGGCUCACCUCCUCCGACAUGCUGCCCGAGGCCGGCGCUGUGAGCUGGUCUGGAGAGAGCAGCAGGACCUUCCAGGAGAGCAGCCUGGAGGAGGCCAUUCAGUCCCUGCUCCUGCGGCUGGAGAGCUUGGGCCAGCGCUGCGGGGAGCUGCAGGACUUGGAGCAGGAGGUCAUGAGACUCGAAGACUUGCUUAAGUGUCGGGUCCCUGCCCAUAGGAGCCGUUCAUCAAGCUUCAGUUUGACAGUGGAGAGCGCUCUGGAAAGUUUCGACUUCCUCAACACCUCUGACUUUGAUGAUGAUGACACGGGAGAUGAUGCUGCCGCCCUCUCACGCGCCAUCUUCUUUGACAUGGAGUCAGAGAGAAUCGGGUCAGCCCAACAUCCAGAAGCAAGAGGCCACCUGAGUGAAGCCCUCACGGAGGACACUGGUGUGGGGAACAGUGUGGCCGGCAGCCCGUUGCCUCUCACCACAGGAAACGAGAACCUAGACGUCGCCAUCAGUGUUCAUCUACAAUACUGCAGUCAUCUCGUUCAGUUGUUGACCUCAGGAGGAAGCCAGUCACAGCACAUGACUUACCUGCGCAAACUAACAACACAAACACUUCUUUUGGAGGAGCUCAGUGAGAAAAACUUUGACAGACCGGGCAGCUGCAUUUUAGUGUCUGAUGUGCUGCCUGGGCUGGUGGAGCGUCCUGCGCUGAUGUCUCUGUGGUGCGACUGCAGCGCUGGGCUGUUUCACACUACACUGGAGCGAGUGCUGAAGCACAUGCAUUUCAGCUUUGCCUUACCACUGCAGCAGAUUCAGCCCCACUCUCCUGACUCAGUGAUCAGGCUGGUGGUGAAUGAGAUGAUGGAUAGCGAGCUGGCCUCAUCCCUGUGUCCAUCACCGUCAUCUCUCGCACAGGACGUCGUCACCGUGUUUCAGUUCCACCAUUACACCGUUCAACACGAUAUCACGGACAUGGAGCAACACCUGCUGGAUUUAGCCAAAGAGGUCAUGCUUGCAGAAGCCCUGAGCUGUGGAGAUACAGAACGCUGUGUGGAGGAACUGCAGGAAGUGUCCGUCAUGUGUCUCCAGCCCCGUCCUCAAACCCUGUGGGCCGUGGCAGCACUGUUGACCUCUGAUGAUCCUGACGCGAUGAAGGCCGCUACAGCCUUCCUCUCCACCGCUGCCUCACACAAACCCUUCAGGUCAAAGGCUGUUGAUUGUUACACACAAGCCUUAUCAGAAGCAGACAGAUCAAGAGCUGCAUGUGCCGCUCUGAGCUGCCUGCAGGCUGUGGAGAGCAUUGAUGCUGUGGUGUUACUGUGUGACUCAGCCGAUGAAGAGCUCCGUCAGAUCGCCAUUGAAACCCUCCUCACUUUCGGUGAAGACGGGCGGCUGGCAUACGAGCAGUUGGACACAGUACCGAGGGAGAUAGUGCGGCUGGGGACUCGCCGCGGUAACACUGUUACCACUUCAUUUUAGAAAAACGACUCGUUAUUCCCCCGUGACCCUGCACACUUCAGACGUGAAAUACACACCACCCGCUAACAAGGAGAAAAGUACCUUGAGACCUUCAGCACAGAGUCUUCUUUUCUGCAGGAUGUUUGCAUUUAUACUACUGGGGUCACAGUCGUCAUGAGUCAUUGUCGCCGAUUGAACAAUAAGAGCGUUAAUAUUGAAAGUUAGUUAUUUGCAGAUUGCAGUUGCACUGUUGGAGGCAUGUAAAUAGCACAGAAAAUCCUAUUUUAAUUUUAGUUUUUCUUUUGUAUGCACCGUUCCGUUUCAGGGAUCAUAAGGGACUGUUUUAAUGCUCCCUGCUUGAGUUUUUGACCUGGACAGAGUGAGAUUUCUGUAACCUCUGUGAAAGGAUAGAUUUGAAGUGUGCUGUUUGAUGCCAGCUGGUCAUAUGGACUACUGAAAACCUGAAGUGGACGGUGGACUGCUGAUUACUAUAUUGUUCGCUUGCCUUCCCUGGUCAGGAGAAAACAUUUCUGUGGACGGAGCCUGUAGUGAACAAUUGCAUUAACACGGUACUAAUGCCUGAGCACAUGGGAUCUUACAACAAGCGCUGUCUGGAUCCCGUCGGAGUAUCUGAAAAUGCACUUUUCCACUCAGAGAAGCGUGAUGUAUUACUGUGAACUUUUGAUUUCUACGUAAAUGAAGACUAGAGUAUAUUUGCUCUGUGAUCUGAUCUCGCUUCUGUGCCUAUUGUUACUGUACUACUGAGUCAUGUGACUGUAAUAUCAUUUGUUUUAUUUAUUUUUUCACUAUAUUUUCUUCACUAUAAAUGGUACGAUGCUGAUUUUACCCUCUUUUUUUCUUUUUACAUGCUCAGAACAGAUUGUUUUAAUGAUGCACUAAAUAUCUGUUCACAAAAUGAUUCGGUACAGUCAGGAUUUGGUAUUAUUGAGGGGCUGCAUUCACUAUGAAACUAUAUAAUAGAAAGAUGUUAUAUUAAUCAGUAUCAUCUUUUAACAGUGUAUUCACAGAGUUGUACAGUAUUUGUGCUCAAGGGAACCUUUCAGUAUGCUAAUGCCCAUGACCAGAGAAAACACUCUUUGCUGACUGAACGCUUGCCUCGCUUUGUGACGUUUACACUCCCUGUGUUGAUCUUUAAAGCUCUCAAAUGUGAAUUUAUCUUUAUGGCGGGAAUUAAAAAAAAAAACCCACAGUUUUGUAGAUUACCCAACCUAUUUUUGCAAUAUUUUCUAUGACAGUGAGAAUUGUACGAAAGCAGGGGCUUAAAUCCAUCAAAAGAGCACAUUUGAAGGAAUGUACGGGGUACAGUUAGUAUAUGCCUCACAAGCACAACUGAAACGUUUUGGUAAGAUUGUUGUUUAACAUGUUUAACAUAUUAUCUGGCAUUUACUGCACAAACUCCUAAAGCCAUAAUGAUUCAGAAGUCAAUAUAUUUAAGGCCGUUUUGUGGUUACUAUUUAUCAGAAUAAUCUAUAACAGAUAUUCAUCAAUAAUACUUUUUGUUUUGCUGUUUUCUGUAUUUAGUCACGGCUAUGAAUGGCUGUUUUCUUGUCUAAUGACCACCGUUACAGUAUUUGACCCUGGGCACAGAGAUAUCAAGUACUAAGGUUGAAUUAACAUUUAUUGCCUUUUAGACAGAAACUCAGUAAAAAUCAACUGCAUUUAUUGGUCAAACCUCAUUAACAUGUAAAUUAAUGUCCUUGAUAGGAAAGCUGUUGUUGAUCUGGUUUUGUGAGAAUGUGGCUGUGGCUGCUUGCCGCUGCAAUAGCUUUAGCUGCAACUGUUUGAAUGAAAGCAGAUCUCACUUGGUGUCACAAAGCUAAUGUUCCAUUGUUUCGUUUUAUUUUUCUGAGUUUACUGUAUUUCCUCUGCUGAAAGUGGCAAUAAAAUUUAUUUUUACAUAAUUAUCA